AACGGAAGCUUUGCUUUCUUUAAUUGCGACCACCGGAGGAAGUCCUUGGAUCUUAAGUCUCAAUCCCGAGACUUAGCCAACUUUCCGCAAAACUCUUAAGAUGGCUGAGUUCUGUCGGGUAGCGCAAGUCGCCGUUCGAUCAACGUCAUUCCUCCGAAGUUCAACGUCGAGAUGGCAACCAUGCUCCUUCUCGACCAUAUCUACUCCCUUAAUACCGAGGAUAAGGCAUAUUUCAACCUCACCGAUUCUCCGGUCAGACGAUACUGGCAACAACCCUCCUAAAGACCCUACUCUUUCUCCUAGAUCGCCUUUAGCCCGGGCGCGGUACCCGAACUAUACUUCUUCUAUUUGGGGCGAUCCUUUUCGAGAAGAAAAUAAAGGCGAUGAUGAAAUCAAAAAGCCAAAUAUCUCGGCGUACGAGGAUCCCUUCACUCCCGAGAUCGAUUUCGAAACUGGCGAACUUAACAAGAACAAAUUCCUUGAGGAACGACCAGUCCCUACCCGUCCCCCAUUGCGCCUUGUCCCGCGAACUGGCCGUACAGUCCAUGUGACAAAAAAUUCCGAUGUAGCACGGUCAUUUGCGCUUCUGUCCAUGCAAGUAUCGUCAAAUAGGGUCCGUCACGACUUGAACUCUCAGAGGUUCCACGAGCGACCCGGUCUGAAGCGAAAGAGGCUCAAGAGUGAGAGAUGGCAGAAGAGAUUUCAAAAGGGAUUCAAGGCAUGUGUGAAGAGAGUCAGAGAGUUAACAAAGCAGGGCUGGUAAAAUCCAGAUCUUUCGUGUAUAAUUGACCAGGUUGGCCUGAAUCGCAUCGUUCAUGUCGCCAAUUGUAUAGACCUAGAUACGUUGUACAUUAUGCAACUAUGCUCUCGAAGCUCCGAACCGAUGGCUGCAUUGAAUGAAGACGCAGCAGUAGCGAAGCUGCGAUAGUGAAAAUGGGCAGGGCUAUACUUGUUUUAUACGACAAGAAAAGUGCAUCCCUAGCCUUCGACGUAUUUAUCGCAACCCUAGAGGCAUUAACUACCUACCUAUAUUUAAUAUCGGCGUCUUACCCAAGCAAGAAGCGCUCCUAUCGGCGUUCAGGCGACGCGCUUGGACUAUAAGAUAUCGAUAUUUACCUAAUACCUAACACGGUUACAAGCUAAUGGUGAAUUCAUAAAUAUCUCAUCAGCCCAAUAAACACUAAUUAAUAAGUCAAACGGUUGAGGAAAAUGUUAACGGCGUGCGUACCUAGCGUGACGACAAAUCAAGAGAGACGUAUCAAGACCAAUGAUACUAAUCUAUGAGGUGCACUAGAAACUAGAAUUGUUCGAUGUAAUAUGUCUCUAGCUGGCUCCAGACGGGCCGCAAAAAUGUUGAUAGGAUUUACUACCUACCUUAGGUACCUACCUGGGUAGGUAUGUAAGACAGUCAAGCUGAGCAGGGAGGAAUGUAUACCAG